AUUUUGAUAAGAGUUAAAUAAUUGAUGGCUGAUGCAAGCUAAUAGAAAUUUAUUUUAUAUUAUUUAAGACCUGUGGCCUUGUCACUUUAUGUUUGUAUAACAAUUUUUGUUAGUUAUAUAAGUCUGUACAUUCUUGAAAUUAGUGUCCAAGUACUCUUGCGGCUUCAGAAAUUAUUCAAAUACUAUGGCAGAUACUGUGGGAAAGGUAAUUAAAUGUAAGGCAGCCGUUGCUUGGGAGGCAAAGAAACCUUUAACAAUUGAAGAUAUUGAAGUAGCGCCACCAAAGGAGAAUGAGGUAAGAGUAAAAAUACUUGCCACAGCUAUAUGUCAUACUGACGCAUAUACCAUGGAUGGUAAUGAUCCAGAAGGAAAUUUUCCUUGUAUUUUGGGUCAUGAAGGAGCAGGAAUUGUUGAAAGUGUUGGUCCAAAUGUUGAAGAAUUCCAACCAGGGGAUCAUGUUAUUCCUUUAUACAUUCCGCAGUGUGGUGAAUGUAAAUUUUGUUUGUCUCCAAAAACAAAUGUAUGUAGUAAAAUUAGACUUACCCAAGGUCAAGGUAAAAUGCCGGAUAAUACUUCUCGUUUUACUUGUAAGGGACAAUUUCUGUACCAUUUUAUGGGAUGUUCAACGUUUAGUGAAUAUACUGUGGUAGCAGAUAUUUCAUUAUGCAAGGUAGAUUCUGUUGCAUCUUUUGAUAAAAUUUGUCUCUUGGGAUGUGGUGUUUCAACUGGAUUUGGUGCAGCUCUUAACACUGCAAAAGUCGAACCAGACUCAACAUGUGCCAUUUUUGGCUUAGGAGCUGUAGGUUUAGCAGUCAUUAUGGGUUGUAAAGCUGCUGGUGCAAAGAAAAUCAUUGGCGUAGAUAUAAAUGAGAGCAAAUUUGAAUUAGCUAAAUUAUUUGGUGCUACUGAUUUUGUAAAUCCGUUGAAGUAUGAAAAACCUAUACAAGAUGUUCUUAUUGGAAUGACUGAUGGUGGACUUGACUAUACAUUUGAAUGUAUCGGAAACGUCAAAACAAUGAGAGCUGCAUUAGAAGCUUGUCAUAAAGGUUGGGGUGUAUCAGUAAUUAUUGGAGUGGCUGCUGCCGGUCAAGAAAUUUCUACGAGACCUUUUCAACUUGUUACUGGGCGUACAUGGAAAGGAACUGCAUUUGGAGGAUGGAAAAGUAAAGAGAGUAUUCCUGAAUUAGUUUUGAAAUAUUUGGAUAACAAGCUCAUGUUAGACGAGUUCAUAAGUCAUAAACUCCCAUUUGCAUCUAUUAAUGAAGGAUUUGAAUUACUGCACUCAGGAAAAAGUAUUCGUACAGUUCUUGAGUUUUAGUACAGACUACAAAAUACAGUAAAGUAAAAUAAUAUAAAAUUUGUAUUCAAAUAAACAUUAUAAUUAUAAAAUAAAUAAUUAGUUAUAUUUACAAUUAA